CUAAAUUUUAUCUUCAAAAUUAUUUAAUAUAAUCGUACUAUUUGUGUCAAACACCUCUUUCUAAAUGGUACAUAUUGAAAAUAUUACAAUAAUUCAUAAAAAAGAACAUUCAGAUUUUUUUAUAUAAAUAAAUAUCAUGACAGCGUAUCGUUAACAGUAUCUUUUUUUCUAAUGAACUCAUUCCCGCAGUUAACUUCUCGGUUGUAGAAAAGAGGGACGCUAAAUAACCGAAUGACCAUGAGGUUAGGUUCUAUGAAUCUGUACCGUCCAGUUGUGUGUCGGAAGAAGGUGCGAGGUGAUUAAUGCACCAUCACCGUGGGAACGUUAAUUUGAAAAAGCGAUAUAAAGCAUGGAGAACAUCUACUGACGAGUCAUUUGACGAGUAGGUAUCAAAACGAAAGAACUCCACCGUAAACGAGGAACUAGAAUACUGGAUGACUCGGCUACCAGAAGCUUUGAAAAGCCUUCCCAUAAUACGUUUGGCGAUACCCGGUUCUCAUGAUACGAUGACUUAUACCAUAAAUCGGCACAGUGACGUGGGACCCGACGAACCAAGAUACAUCAGAGCUCUUGGUCGUUAUUGUUCGUUCGUUUCAAAACCUGUUAUUUUUAAUUGGUCCAUUACACAACAUGAAAGCAUCAAGGAUCAGCUCGAUGGUGGAAUUCGAUAUUUAGACUUACGCGUGGCGACGAAGCCAACGGAUGGGAAUAUCUAUUUUGUUCAUGGCUUGUACGGAUCGAAAAUAUAUCAACCACUCCAUGAAAUAGCAGAAUGGCUGUCUUAUCACAAUAACGAGAUCGUAAUCCUAGAUUUUCAACAUUUUUAUUCAUUCUCAGAAAUGGAUCAUCACCAUCUCGUUGAAACGAUUUUCCGAAUAUUUCAAACAAAAUUAUGCCCCAUAGCAUCUACGUUUAAUCACAUCACAUUACAUUGGCUUAAUCUGGAAAAGUACCAAGUCAUCGUUAUUUACAGAAACGAAUAUGCACAAAAUUAUACAAAUUUAUGGCCAAGUGGACUGUGGCGCACUCCAUGGCCUAACACCGUUAACGUUAACGAGCUUAUAAACUUCUUAGAUAUCGAAUUGAAGACGCGACCAUUACAAAUCGGUUUCGUAUCACAAUGCCUCUUAACACCUGAUAUUCCUUAUGUAUUGAAACAUCUAUGCGGUACAUUGCAGAGAGAUUUAGUACCAUCGUGUCAAAAAGCAAUUCUUCCGUGGAUAAAUAAAAAACGACCUGGCCGUGGUGGUUUAAAUAUCGUUAUUGCUGAUUUUAUAUCUGAUCACAAUUUUUUAUUUUGUAAGACAGUCAUCAAUACUAAUAAAAAAUUGUAUUUCAAUGUACAAUAUUCCGUGUGAAAUAUUUUGUACUCGAAUGCACAUAUGUAUAUACAAAUUGAAUAUGAAAUUUACGGUUUCAAUGCAAUCUGUUUGUGAAAAAUUAUUGUAAAGAUAUUCUUCUAUCAUACAUUUUCAAUGGAAAAUUUAUUUUACUUCUAAAGAAGUAUCUGUAUAUAUAAUAAAUAGUAUAAUAGAUUCAUGUUUAUGUUACUUUAUUAAAAAUCUAAAUAUUUCAUUUUUAUUCUAAACCCUGGCAUAACUUCUAAAGUUUAAUAACAUCAUAAUAUCAAUGGCUGCAGUACGUUCCUUACUUAUAAUUUUUAAUCUAUAUAAAUAUAAUACUAUGAAAUAACAAUGAUUUGCUUGAAAAGUGU